UGCAUUUCACUGAUUUCGGCUGUAGCUGAAGUCUGGGAGCGACUUCUCCAUGGACACGAGUCUGAGAUCAGCCCCUCACUCGGUGAAGCGUUGGCAGCUCCGUGGAACAGAUUAUGAAACACCGCGAACCCACAGCGCGCGCUCAGAAACCCUGUUCAGCGCCUGGACUCCCCUGCACGACAAGACCAGCAACCUGCAGUUAUUUGAGGAGAGGGUCCGUCUUGUGCUCCACUGGUUUGAUUUGUGGACUGAUGGGCAGAGGAAACAUCUGCUUCACUGUCUGCUCACACACUGCACCAGGUCACAGCUCAAAUACUGCAGAGAUGUGCUCAUUGAGACGGUUCCUGUCACUCAAGUGGACUUCACUGUGGUGCUUCCAAGGUUCCUUUCCCUAUAUGUGUUGUCAUUCCUUUCCCCUAUCGACCUCUGUUCUGCUGCCCAAGUCUGCUGGAACUGGAGGGUCCUGGCAGAACAGGACUGUCUGUGGGCAGACCGGUGCAUCCGCAGAGGUUGGUUUCUUCCCUACACCCCCAGGGAGAAAGAGUUCGGAGCGUGGAAGAGCCACUAUGUGUCCUGCGUCUCCACACUGGACCGGUUCACUCCACGAGAGGCAGCCGAGCGUUAUGGGACCCUCAACCAGCGAACCAGUGGAAUCACAGAAGAAGAGGAAGAGAGACAAAAGGAGAGGAGGAUAAGGCAGAUGAUUAGGGACAAACUUCAACAGGAGAAGAGACAGUCUUUGAGAACCAGAAGAGCCUGGGGCUGCUACUCAAAGCCAGAGGGAGCUAAAGGUGGGUCCAACAGGUCAGGGAUGUUCAGCUCUGGGAUAACGUUCAGCUCAAGUCCAUCUCUCUCGUGGCCCCCAAGAACUGUUGCGUCUCAGAGCCUGGACCAGAACUUGGAACAGAGCCUGUCCACAAGUACAAGCCAAACUUUGGAGAGAACUCAGGCCUCCAGUCCAGUCAGAAUUCCUGCCUAUGAGGUAGGUACUGAGUGCAUGAAGGGGGGAGUGAUUGGGUUCUGUAUGAUCAACAGACAGACUGUCUCAGGUCUCCUGACCCAGGUGGAGAGGGCCAUAUCUGGGCAGAGAGCUCAGAGACUGGGUGUGCUCGCUCCAGGUGGAACAGAAGAAAUCCAUCUUCUUCACAGCAGUAACCUAUCAGAGAGGACUCUGCUGGCCCCUGACCACAGAGAAUUCUGGAAAAAGCUGUGUCCAGUUGGCACGACUGAAGAAGGAGGAGGGAUUGACAUCUUCUCCCCACUAGCUGCAUCUGCUUCAGGACUGGCUCUCAUCAAGACUCUGUCUGCUCUUACUGGUUUAGAGGUUCGGGCUCAUGGUCUUGCCACCGGAAGUUUUCAGAACAUCCUGGGUGAGUGGUCUGACAUGAGUGUGUGUACCAACCUCUCAAACCAGCAUUUUAGCGGGCUGCACUCGUCUCCAGCAUUGCAGUAUUUGCAUGAGUGUGUCCUUCAGGGCUGGUGCACACAGGCUCAGUGGAUGGAGGAGGCUCUGAAGGAGCUGAGGGGCUCCCUGGGCCCACAAGUACAGCGGGUCAGCCUUGAGGCCAGGGGCCGGUUUCUGGGUAAUUUUCUGUGGGAGAAACUGCGCCUUGAGGCUCUUUGUGUGUCCAAAGACUUAGCUGAAGCUCUGACUGAAGGACUCACUGUUCUCUCCAGACAGGAAGAGACCAGGCCUUUGGAGUUCCUCACUGUCUUCCUGACAAGAUGGAGUGAAAUAAAGGAGGGAGGAGAGAGUAAAGGGGAGGGGAUAGAGAGGAACAAAGGAGCAGAUGAUUUCCCUCUGACACACCAGAGCUCUCAGAGUUGCUUCAACCUGACGUUUGAGCUACCGCAGACUGUGUUGGACUGGAGAGGUGCAGUGGUCAGAGAGCUGCACCACAGCGAGUGUCUUUAUCUGGGCAGGCUGAGUGCUGUGCAAAAGGUGUACCAGGAGCCUCUGACAGAAGCUUUAAACUCCAACAGAGCCAUUCUGAGCCUUGCGGACAUCCUCAUUAUCCUCAGUCCUGUGUCACAAAUACUGGCGCUCAACAGGUUGUUUCAGGUGGAUUUACAUGCUAGGCUGCAGCAGUGGGGUGCAGAGCAGUGUGUGGGAGAUGUGUUUGUAAAAUUCAGCUCAAAAUUUAGAGUUUACACCAACUACUUCAACAACUACUCCACUGCCGUCCACACCAUUGACAAGUGCAGAGAGAAUAAGCCUUCAUUCCGAGCUUUCCUCAAGAGAACAGACAGAACUCUCGCAACACACAUGCUGAGCCUACAGGAGCUGCUCCUGUGUCCAGUGUGGCGGAUGGAGGAGUACGUCGCUCUGCUCCAAGUGCUGUCUGUACACACACAUCCGAGUCAUCCCGAUCACACAGAGGUCUCAUCAGCUCUCAACACGCUGCUACGGUACAGAGACUUCAUACAAAAGUUAAAGCGUAACUCUGAGAGGGACAGACUGAUGGAGGAAACCCAGCAGAUGAUACAAGGCUGUCCGCGCCUCCAUGAAGCAAACCGGCAGCUGAUAAUGAUUCAGGAUGCGGUGUUGCUGAGAAGUCCUGAUGAAGACAUCCCAGACUGUCUCAGGACCUUUGAGCAGGUGUCUGACGUCAGCCUGUUCCUGUUCAGUGAUGCUUUGGUGCUGACGAGGCGAAAUGUGCGUCACACACCCUUCAGCUUGUCUCGCCACACUUCACACACCUUCAUGGCUUCUGUUGCCCUCAGCAGCCUGAACGUCAGAGAGAUCACGCACACACGCUAUGUGUCUCAUGCCUUUGUCCUGGAUGGUCCCUGUCGUACCUGGGUUUGUGCCACAGAAAGAGCCGAAGAGAGAGAGCAUUUCCUGUCUGUGCUACGUUCAGCCAUAAACACUGCUCCGAGGGGACAUCAGUAAUGGUGCCAUGGUGAUUUACCACAAGACAAGAGGAGGUUAGGACACCACUGUUUUAUGUUACAAAAGCUUCAGAGAUCAGGAAACCUAGAACCCUAUUUUAAGUAUUUUUAGCAUUAUUAUUUCCUUUUACUUUGCUCUGCUGCAUUGACUGUCAGAAGUCAGACUUUGAUAAUGAACCAGUGACAGAAGUUGAAAAAAAAAAAAAAAAAGAAAGUGUUUUUACUCUAACCAACAGGUCUUAAA